AUGCCUCCCGUACCCGCGCAAGUCGACCGAUACCGGGUAAUAUGCUAUCACCAGACACUUCGUCCGGAUCGAGGCCAAUAUGUGUCCGCGCUACCGCUAGUGCAGAACAACACUGGCAUCACGCACAUCAUCAUUGCUGCUUUCCAUCUGAAUGCUGAACCAGGUCAUAUUACGCUCAACGAUGAUCCUCCCCACCAUAGCAUGUAUGACGAGCUGUGGGCAGAGGUGCCUCUCUUGAAACAGAGUGGGGUACGCGUCAUGGGAAUGCUGGGAGGAGCUGCUCAAGGCUCCUUCCGCUGUCUGGACGGUGAUCAGGACAAAUUCGAACGGUACUACUUGCCUCUCCUAGCCAUGAUUCAGCGUCAUCAACUGGAAGGGCUGGAUCUAGACGUUGAGGAGGAAAUGUCGCUUUCAGGUAUCAUUAGACUUAUAGAUCGACUCAAAUCGGACCUGGGAGACAGCUUCAUUAUAACGUUGGCCCCAGUGGCAGCGGCGCUUCUAGGGAUCGGUAACCUUUCCGGGUUUGACUACCGAGAGCUUGAGCGGCAACGAGCAUCGAAAAUUAGUUGGUAUAAUACACAGUUCUACAACGGCUGGGGCCCAGCGGAUGAUCCCCGUAUGUAUGCGGCGAUCGUCGCGCAAGGAUGGUCGCCGCAACGCGUUGUGUUCGGAUUGUUGACGAAUCCCGGCAAUGGAUCGCAGGGCUACGUUCCUCGGGAGAUCAUCGGGCCUAUCUUAGGCCAGCUGGUGGAGCAGUUCCCCGACUUUGGCGGCGUUAUGGGCUGGGAGUACUUUAACGCCAAACCGGGAGAGCGGGAGAAGCCCUGGCAAUGGGCGGCGGAGAUGUCGCUUAGCAUGCAUAUGAAGGAUGUGGUCAUGGCUUUUUAUCAGGCGCGCUUGAAACGUUCCCACAAAGCUAUGGUUUCCUUGCCGCGAGUUGCCGCGGCCACGAGCUCCGUGAUACUCAGACUCGCCGCCUUCAUCUUUCUUCGCUGGAUCCCCGGUCAUCAUUUCCCACCUCUAAUCUUCACCUCGCUAGUGGUGUAUCUAUCUUCAGUUUUCUCUCUCAGUCGGCCGGCCGACGAGAGCACCACCACCACCACCACCAAUCGUCCCCAUGACUUGAAACGCUCCGGGACCGCUUCCACUAAGGAUAGCGUUCUUAAGACGUUGUUGACGGGACUGCCCUCCCCCAGAUCGCCAUUGGUGACCCGGCUGACAGUGCUGAUCAACCUUGUCCUUACGCUCUUCACCUCCGACCUUCUACUCCGUGGGGUGGUUUUCUAUCCUGCAAACGAUGUUGCCUUCUCUCGCAUUGGCUAUGUCUCUCCAACUACAGCGAAUUUACUCGUUCGAGAGCCAGACUCCGCUCAACUACCUCUGGUGGUCUUCUACCAAGAAGCGGAACAGGACGACCCCUUGAAAUGGGUGGAAGAAGGCAUUAUAUAUGCACUUGAUGAAUCGACGGAUUUUACUACCUCGGUGACUUUGAAGAACUUGAAGCCAUCCUCGCACUACCGGUAUUCUUUGUCCAAUAAUCGCACAGGCUCUUUUGUCACCGCGCCUCUUCAUGGUUCGAAAUCUGCCAACCGGCUUAGCUUUCUGACAUCUAGCUGCAUGAAGCCAAACUUCCCGUACAAUCCACUAUCUCACCCAUUGCGUAUCGAGGGCAUUGAGAAGAUGACUGAGACCGUCAGUAAAUUGCCAUCCUUGCUUCGACCAGCUUUUAUGUUGUUCCUCGGUGACUUCAUUUAUAUCGAUGUUCCCCAGCGCUUCGGCUCAUCUGUAUCACACUACCGCAGUGAAUAUCGUCGUGUGUAUUCGUCUCCCUCAUGGUAUUCCCAUGGUGGUAACCCGGCCAUCGACCUGCCGUGGAUUCACACUCUAGACGACCAUGAGAUUGAGAAUGACUGGUCGAAGGGCAACAAUACAGCCCUCUACUUGGCUGCCGCCGACCCCUAUAUCCAUUACCACGUCAGUGUGAAUCCCCCGAUCCCGGCAUUUCCUUUUGCCAAGCCAGAAAACACAACCUAUUUCUCUUUCAUCAGCGGCCCAGCGUCAUUCUUCAUGUUAGAUACACGCACCUAUCGCUCGGAGCCCGCCCAACCGGACUCUACCAUCCUCGGCUCAGCGCAGCUGCAGUCCUUGCUUGCAUAUCUGUCUAGCUCUGAACCAGCCGAAGUGCGCUGGAAGAUCGUCGCCUCUAGCGUUCCCUUUACCAAAAACUGGCACGUCGGCACGACUGACACAUGGGGUGGAUUCUUGGAUGAGCGUCGCACAGUGUUUGAGGCCAUGUGGCGCGCCGAGCGAGAGCUGGGAAUUCGUAUCAUCCUGCUCAGCGGAGACAGACACGAGUUUGGGGCGACCCGGUUCCCUGAUCCAACAUAUGACUACACGCCCGAUGAACUUCUAUCCGAUACCGCCGGAGAAGGCCUGCACGAGUUCAGUGUUGGUCCGCUCAGUAUGUUCUACCUGCCCAUCCGGACCUACCAUCAAACCGACAGUGAAGAUGUCACAGUCAAAUACAUCCCAACCGGUAACACCAAGUACGGAUUAAUCGAUAUCGACAUCCGCGACGAGACAGUACUCACCACCAGUGGCAAGACGGCAACCGUACCCAGUUCCGUCCUUACCUACUCACUCUAUGUUGACAACGAUGUCGCCUGGAAAUAUAGUCUCAGCGUCCCACUCCCCGGGUAUGAAGAUGUUGUUGCCUCGGUGGCCUCUGUCAAACACCCGCGACUCCUGCCAGGUAAAGUCCUUGAGGACAACCGUGAAACUGUUGGAUGGAAUACCCUGCUCAGGGCUGUGGUCGGUCAGGCGGAGGAAUUCGAAGGACAGCUAAUUAGCCAGGUUAGGGAUCAAGUCUAUAAGCUUUUGGAUAGAACAGGAACAGCAGAAAGACUCGACUGA